AUGCCUGCUUCAGUCUCUGGCUGGAUGCUCUUCGCGCUGCUGUGGCUGACUCUGCCGGUUGUGACUCCUGUCAGGAGACAGUACGAAACUGCAACCGAAUCUGUGAUUUCUCUUAAUCCUCCAUGGACUGAUUUCUUUCGAGGAGAGAGCGUGAAUCUGACUUGCUAUAGAUAUGGCUUCAAGUCACCCCAGAAAGCAAAAUGGUACCGGAACGGCAAAGCAGUAGGAGAAACCAAAGUUCACACCGUAAAGGUCUCUGUGUCUGGAAAGUACCAAUGCCAAGCUGAUGACUUACAUCUAAGCAUCCCUGUGCACUUAAACUUUCAUAAAGAGCAACUGGUGCUGCGUGCUCCACCUGCUGUGUUUGAAGGAGAGCCUCUGGUUCUGAUGUGCCAUGCAAAGGAAGAUAUAGCACAAAAGACCUUGACAUUUUACAAGAAUGGUUUCCCUCUGAAACCAUCUGGUCAACAUUCUGAGCUCCAUAUUCAUCAUGCAAAUCAGAGGGACAAUGGUGUAUACCACUGCAGUGUGAAGAAGAUUUGGUACACCACUUCCAAUUCUAUCAGAGUCCAAGUCCAAGUCCAAGAGUUAUUCCCACGUCCUGUACUGAGAGCCAGACCCUCUCAGCCCAUAGAUGGAAGCCCGGUGACCCUGACCUGUCAGACUCGGCUCCCUGCACAGAAGUCAAAUGUCCAGCUCCAGUUCUGUUUCUUCAGAAACUUCGAGACUCAGGCUCUGGGGUCAGGCUGCAGCAACUCCUCAGAGCUGCACAUUCCUGCCAUAUGGACUGAAGAUUCAAUGUCGUACUGGUGCAUGGCAGGAACAAUGAAUGCCCAAACAAGAAAACAAAGCCUGACAAUAGAAAUUCCUGUGCAGAGGGCUUCUGCUGACUUCCAAAUACACAGUGUCCCAGCCUCGACGUCAGUGUUUGAAGGACAGUUGCUGUUACUCAGCUGCUCAGUAAAAGGGGUCCCAGGGCCCAUCAAAUUUUCCUGGUACAAAAGGGACAAGCUGAAUAAAGAAACAAAGACUCCUAAGUCCUCAGAAGCAGAGCUCAAGAUCUCCACAGUGAACAGCAGUGACGCGGGGAAUUAUUACUGUGAAGCCAACAACAGUCGCCGAAGCUUUGUCAGCAAAGCGGUCCCUGUUACCGUAAAAGUCCCGGUGUCCCAGCCUGUCCUCACCCUAAGCACUGGCAAGACCCGAGCCCUUGAGGGAGACUUGAUGACACUUCACUGUAAAUCCCAGAGGGGUUCUCCACAUAUCCGGUAUGAGUUCUAUUAUGAGGAUGUCUUCCUGGAGAUCAACUCUAUGCUCUCUGGAGGAGGAGCAUCCUUCAAUUUCUCUAUGACCACAGAGCGUUCUGGAAACUACUACUGCACUGCUGACAAUGGCCUGGGGGCCCAGCGCAGUGAGGCUGUCUGGAUCUCUGUCAUUGACACGACCAAGAACAGAAGUGUUGCCGUGGCUGCGGGAAUCUCUGGGGGACUGCUCCUUGUGGCUGGUGUGGCUGCCGGAGUACUGUUUUAUCGCUGGUUCUCUAGAAGAGCAGGGGGAAAGCCUGCCUCAGAUGACUCCAGGAACCCUUCAUAUUCAGAACCCCAGGAGCCCACCUAUUACAACAUACCAGCCUGUAUAGAACUGCAACCAGUAUACAGCAAUGACCCAAAAGAAGAAGUGGUUUAUACAGAAGUUCGGAAAGCCCAACAGAAUAGUAAACGUGAAGCUUCUCCUGAGAUCACUCUGGAAGAGACAGGGAGACACUACCCCCACCUCUGGAGCCACGGCAGCCAUGCCAAGUUCUGCCACAGCUGCUGGCAGGCGGCACUACUCCAGGACCUGGGCACAUUCACCGUCUUGUGGCUGAUACCCAAGUUGCCGGUAGUGAUGCCGUAA